CGAGGGAAGCUGGAUCCACAAAUGCGACGUUGCAGUGUUUUUUUUCUACAGCCAGUCCAUGGAUAUGCGCUAAACCGUGCAAAGUGCCGGACCUGGAGGCUGCUCUGCAGGCGUCAGUAGCCCUUCUCUUUAGUAGUGGUUUGCUCAGGCACAAGGUUCAUGACGGUAGCUGUCGGUGACACUCAAGCCUUGGCGCUGAUCAUGCCUGUCCGAGCAGAGUGCUGCAGUGGCACCGCUUCGGCCUGCUCAUCCCCGGCCUCGCUUAUCCCUCCUGCCCCGAUCAACACCCACCAGCCGGGGGUGGCCACCUCUCUGCUCUACAGCGGCUCGCAGUUUCGCGGCUACCAGAAGAGCAAAGGAAACUCCUACGACGUUGAGGUCGUUUUGCAGCAUGUGACUGUGGAGGACUCCUACUUGUGUGGGUACCUGAAGAUCAAAGGGCUGACAGAGGAAUAUCCCACUCUCACCACAUUCUUUGCAGGUGAAAUUAUUAGUAGAAAGAGACCUUUUUUAACUAGGAAGUGGGACGCAGAUGAGGAUGUGGACAGAAAACACUGGGGCAAGUUUCAGGCGUUUUACAAGUACACCAAAAGCUUCAACUCGGAUGACUUUGACUAUGAGGCGCUGAGCAACAGUGAUUAUGUCUUUAUGAGGUGGAAGGAGCAGUUUCUGGUUCCAGACCACACUAUCAAAGACAUCAGCGGAGCUUCCUUUGCCGGCUUCUACUACAUCUGUUUCCAGAAGUCUACCGCCACCAUUGAGGGCUACUACUAUCACAGGAGCUCCGAAUGGUACCAGUCUCUAAACCUUAACCACGUUCGAGAACACAGUGUGCCCAUUUAUGAAUUUCGGUGACAAACGCAUGCAGGAGUAAUGUGACGGAGGAGGGGACAGCUGGUUGGCACUGCCCUACAGACAAAUGGGAUGGGAGAGAUGGACAGUGCUUUGUCGCCAAGAGCGGAGUUCACCUUUUUCCUUGCUGAGGGGAAAUAAAUGUGGACAGACACCCGUCGGGCAGACUCGAGGAAAUAUGGCACAGAGAGAGGGGAAAUGAAAGGAAGGCACAGAUCAGUGACGGUUGAACAAUUCUUCAGUUGUCCAGUAACUGGGGUCUGCCAGGAAUGGAUCUUGAAAUUUUUAUUUGUCCUUUUUGCUACCUGUCUCAGAUUGACUUUAUUUUUACGCUUCCUGUUUUCUUUGACAUCUUGUAGAAUCUGCCUCCUUGUCAUUGGAACUCAAAAUAUUUUCCUCUUUUCGCUAAAUGGAGAUGCCAAAUUCUUUGCCUUUCAGUUGAGAGUCGCUUAGGUCUAAGAGUAUAAUUGGUAUUCAAGGUAAAAUGAGAGUUUUCUGUUGAAUGAAUGAAGCUUAAUUUGGAUUUGUCUAAUAUUUUACAUGUUUUUUCAGGAUGAGUUGGGUGGCCCAUAGCGAUUAGGGGGGGCUCACCAAAAGGUUGCGACGGAGGCAGUGAUUAGCAGUGACCGGCUUUUUAUGCAAGGUCUCUAAGACAUAGUAUGUUGAUCAGGGAUGGUAUCACAGAGCAAUCGACGUUUGAUAACUGCUUUGAAAACCCAUGGUUGAAUGUGACAGAGCUGCAAGUGGCUGAAAGCAAGAACUACCUAAACUACCAAUUCUGCAUUCUUUCACAACUCAAAGUGCUUGGCACCUCCAUACUGACUUCCUUUGGAGUGUUUCACCUCCGAAUAAUUCAUUAAUAACAUAACCAACACCAUUUGUUUGCAAGUUGCUGCUUUACACAAAAUCCUCUACAUUCUGGUGUCUCAAAAGGACUGCAAACAGCUUAACACUUGACAUUUUUUUCUAUGCAAGCAGAAGGUCACUGCUAGCUAGCAUUGCCAGCACCACCUGACUUAUCAUUUUCACAUAACGUUAACUGUUACAGUGUUAAGGAGGCUAAUAUUGAGUUUGUGAACCUGCAUAAACAGGAAAAAUAAAAUAGUAAAGUGCAGCAACCAGCAUUUGAAGCUCUCCAGUAUGUGACAAUUGAAACUCAAAGUGAGUUUGGCAAUUUCAGUCACAAGAGGUUUUUGGAAACACUAAACCAGAAUGUUAUGGAUGUCAGUAUGUACACCAUGGAGUUUUGUUUCUAAAGUAAUGACUGGAAAGGACAUUGACUGAAAGCAACAUAGAAAAGUGUAUGCUUUAGGAUAAACCUGCUGCCUUAAAUGUUUGUACAAAGCACCCUUUUAAGACAAGCGAUUGAGUUGGUGACAUUUUAUUUUUAGUUACGUUGGUAAUAUUAGCACAUGUGAAAGCAUCUUGGGUUUUUUGAGAGAGGUAGCGCAAGAAGGAAGACGGCACACUACAUCAGCCCCUAUUCUUCAGCUUCAUCUGGAGGGGGGUGAUUAUAAAAGCCGCGUCUGCUUGGUAGUGCAUGCACUUAGCCUGCCUCAGUGGUCAGUCUUUGUUGCUCAUGCCGGUUAUAAAUAAAAGACUUUCAAGUGGCUUGCAGAGCCUACAGCAUGGCAAGUAGAUUUGAAGGGGAUGUGAAAAUAAUGUUGGCACUAUCGUUUUUAUUUUUUAAACCCAUGAAUGGUAUCUGGAUUGAAGAUACUGCAAUCCAAAUGACUUCAAAAUUUGCAUUAUUAAUCAUGCAACAAAAAGAAAAAUUGUGCAAUACAAGAUGUUAGGUGAGAGUGUCAUUAAAAAAAAUGACUGAAAACAUCUGAUUCAUAAAUGUCAGUUUAAAGUAGAUACUGUAUCAUAAAUCUGCUAUGAGUGUGUUCAGUAAAGAGGAAUAAAGAGUGAAAUAUUGUUUCAUA